GGACUUCCCACUCACUUUCUUUCUAUAUGCAGCUUCUGCAGAAUAUGCAUGUUUUUUUACCUUGAAUUCAUCAAGAUCGCUUACAAGUCACAAGUAAGAAAACGCAUGAUUUUUCACUGGUUUUGACCUUGAAGAGCUAUGAUACUUUACAUGCCCUUGUUCAGACGAUGCGCCACCUCAACAACACUCACCCAACUCCAUGCCCAUCUCUUCAUCACCGGCCUCCAUAGACACCCGCCUGCAUCCACCAAACUCAUUGAGUCCUAUGCCCAAAUGGGCAUUUUUGAAUCUUCCAAACGUGUCUUUGAUACCUUCCCUAAACCCGAUUCCUUCAUGUGGGGUGUUCUGAUCAAGUGCUAUGUGUGGGGUGGAUUCUUUGAAGAAGCCGUUUCACUUUACCAUGAAAUGGUGUACCAGGACCAGACCCAGAUCAGUAACUUUGUGUUUCCAUCAGUUUUGAAGGCGUGUUCCGGUUUUGGUGAUCUGGGUGUUGGUGGGAAGGUUCAUGGGAGAGUAAUCAAAUGUGGGUUUGAGUCUGAUGCUGUUGUUGAGACCUCGUUGCUUUGUAUGUAUGGAGAAAUGAGCUUUUUAGAUGACGCUUGUAAGGUAUUCGAUACAAUGCCAAUAAGAGAUGUGGUGGCAUGGAGUUCCAUUGUUCUGAACUUUGUUCAGAAUGGACAAGCAAGUGAAGGGUUGGAUAUGUUUUCUCAGAUGAUCUCAGAAGCUGUUGAACCUGAUUCCGUGACUAUGCUUAGUGUAACUGAGGCCUGUUCUGAGUUGGGUUCUCUAAGACUAGGGAGGUCUGUUCAUGGCUAUGUUGUGAGGAGGGAGAUUGAGAGUAAUGCUUCACUGAACAAUUCUCUUAUUGUAAUGUAUGGUAAAUUGGGUGACUUGUAUAGUGCAGAAAGGCUCUUUGAGAAUGUUCCUUGUCGGAUGACCGCUCCAUGGACACCAAUGAUUUCCUGCUACAAUCAAAGUGGAUGUUUCCAAGAAGCCCUGAACGUUUUCGCUAAGAUGCAGGAGUUUAAAAUGGAACCCAAUCAAGUAACCAUGGUGGGUGUUCUGUGUGCUUGUGCUAGGUUAGGCAGGGUGAAGGAAGGGAAGUCAGUUCAUGGCUUUGUCAUCAGAAGAGCUAUGGACCCAGAGUUAGAUUUUCUGGGGCCAGCAUUAAUGGAGUUGUAUGCUGAUACUGGAAACUUAAGGAAUUGCCAUAAGGUUUUUGAAACUAUUGAAGAGAAAACUAUCCUCUCAUGGAACACACUCAUAUCGAUUUUCACCCGGAAUGGGCAACCAGAGGAGGCCUUACUUCUCUUUGUGCAAAUGCAGACACAGGGACUAAUGCCAGACUCAUAUAGCCUGGCAAGUUCUCUCUCAGCCUGUGGAACUAUCAGUUUUUCACAGCUUGGAGCUCAGAUCCAUGGUUAUAUCAUCAAAACAGGCAACUUCAAUGACUUUGUCCAGAAUGCCCUGAUUGAUAUGUACGCCAAGUGUGGGUUUAUGCAUUCAGCAAACAAGAUGUUUGAGAAGAUCAAGGAGAAGAGUCUGGUAACAUGGAAUUCUAUGAUUUGCGGUUUCUCUCAGAACGGUUAUUCAGUAGAAGCAAUCACUCUCUUUGAUCAAAUGUACAUGAACUGUGUCAAGAUGGAUAAACUAACCUUCUUGAGUGUAAUUCAAGCUUGUUCCCAUCUGGGUUACUUAGAAAAGGGAAAAUGGGUUCACCACAAGCUCAUCACGUAUGGUUUAAGGAAGGACUCUUACCUUGAUACUGCACUGACUGACAUGUAUUCCAAGUGUGGAGAGCUUCAGAUGGCCCAUGGAGUUUUCGACCGCAUGUCAGAACGAAGCAUAGUUUCAUGGAGUGUUAUGAUAGCUGGUUAUGGGAUGCACGGUCAGAUUAAUGCCACCAUCUCACUCUUCAAUCAAAUGUUGGGGUCGGGAAUAAAGCCAAAUGAUAUUACUUUCAUGCAUAUCCUAUCAGCUUGUAGUCAUGCAGGAGCAGUAGAAGAAGGGAAGCUAUAUUUUAACUCCAUGAGUGAGUUUGGCGUUGAGCCCAAACAUGAUCAUUUUGCUUGCAUGGUUGACCUUCUGAGCCGAGCUGGUGAUCUGAAUGGAGCAUAUCAAAUCAUUACUUCAUUGCCAUUCCCUGCAAAUUCCAGCAUCUGGGGCGCUUUGCUUAAUGGGUGUCGAAUCCACAAGAGGAUGGACAUCAUCAAAAGCAUUGAAAAAAAUCUGUUAGAUGUAGAUACAGCCGAUACGGGAUAUUAUACAUUACUAUCUAAUAUAUAUGCAGAGGAAGGAACCUGGGAUAAAUUUGGGAAGGUGAGAUCCAUGAUGAAGAGUAAGGGUCUAAGGAAAGUCCCUGGCUACAGCACAAUAGAGAUUGAAAAGAAAAUUUAUAGGUUUGGACCAGGCGAUACAUCUCAUUCACAAACAAAGGACGUAUACAGAUUCUUGGAAAAAUUUCGGAGUUUGGUUCAUUCUCAAGUUUAUGAUUCAGAACCUGAUAAUUCUAUUGUUGGCACUAGUAAAUUCAACAAAGAAAAUAAUGUUAUGAGUCACAGUGAGAAGUUAGCAAUUGCCUUCGGAAUAAUCAACACCAGGCCAGGAACAACACUACGCAUUUCUAAGAACCUUCGUGUUUGUAGAGAUUGCCAUUCCUUUGCAAAGAUUGCGUCUAAAAUCACAGGCAGAGAGAUCAUCAUGAGAGAUUUGAAUCGGUUUCAUUGUUUCAGGAAUGGGAGUUGCUCUUGUAAUGAUUAUUGGUGAUAGGUCAGUUUACACCAGCAAAACCACCAGGACAGAAAACCUAGUGGGCUAAUCUCAUGAACAUUGUAUUAAAGAAGAUAUCACUCGUGAUCCAAAGGGAUUUGGAGUCGGUAACCUUGUAUUGAAAGCUUCCCUCUUGCACUGCAAUGAUACACCAUGGUUCUUCAUCGUAGUCAGGUUUGAAGAUGCAUGAGAACUUCAAACCAUUAUAUUCAGGAAGAUGAUUCAGUGAGUUUGCUGCCAGGAAUCUUCACAUCAAAAUUUUACUGCAACUCUGCCAUUAAAAAAUCCAGAGCAGUUCGAACCACAUUCUCCCAGCUAUGCUCAAACCGUUUCAACAGGACCUCAGGACCAGUCCAACACAAGUUCAUACAUAGCCAGACCCAGAAAAGUAUUUGAUUGAGUGUUCUCUAAGUACCUCACUGACUCCAGAAUUCAUGCAUGAUGAGGAAUAGGAUGGGGCAAGAGAUGUUACUUCCUGUGGAGAAAAAUCAUUUACCAAGAUCCAUAUCGAAUAGGUUAAGAGAUACCCUGACUCCUGGACUCCAGAAUUCAUGCGUGGUGAAGUGCAUAACUAAGGAUGAGAUGCCACUAUCAAUGGAGAAAAAUCAUUACUGGUCUCAAUAUCCACUAGGCUCCACCCAGGUAAUUUUGCUAAUCCUCUUUGUUUCAUCAACUCCAUCACUUGAUUAGCCUGGCUCCAUCUUCCUUCUGAUGCAUACAAAUUUGACAUGAGAACAUAGUAACAAGCUUUAUCAGGGUGCAACUCUAGCAUCCUCCUAACUGCCACCUCUCCAAGAUCAAACCUCGAGUGGAGUCUGCAUCCAUGGAGAAAAGCUCCCAACAAACUAACAUCCGGUUGAAUUGGGAUUUUCUCAAUGAAAUCCAAGGCUUCUUCAAGCCUUCCUGCACGAGCCAAGAGAUCAACCAUACAUGCAUAAUGCUUCAUGGAAGGCACAAAGUUAUAGACCUGACACAUUGUAUUGAAAUACCUCCACCCUUCUCCAAGCAUCCCUGAAUGGCUACAAGCCGAUAAUAUAGUGGUGAAGAUUACUUCAUUGGGCUC